AUGAUGGUAUUCAUUAGAGUUUUAUUACUACUCAUCAUUUGCUUUUCAACACUUGCUUAUGGAGCUGUUCUUCCUGCUGAUGAAGUGAGUGCUCUGCGGGAAAUAGCCACAACUUUAGGGAAGAAUGAUUGGGAUUUUAGUGUGGAUCCGUGUACUGGACAGGGGAACUGGACUCUACCAUUUAACACCAAAGAUAACACGAGCGCGGUUACUUGUAAUUGUUCCUUCGCCAAUAACACUGCUUGCCAUGUUAUUAGCAUAAUACUCAAAGUGCAGAAUCUUACAGGAACCUUGCCGCCAACGUUGACCAAACUCCCAUUCCUACAAGAAAUUGAUCUGACUCGGAACUACCUGAACGGCACCAUCCCCAGAGAAUGGGGUUCCAUGAAACUUGUAAACAUUUCUAUACUUGGGAACCGGAUAUCAGGGCCAAUCCCAAAAGAAUUAGGAAAUAUCAGCACAUUAGCUAAUCUGACUCUGGAGCACAAUCAGUUGAGCGGAACUAUUCCUCCAGAUCUUGGGAAUCUCUCCAAUUUAGAGAGACUAUCUCUAACCUCAAACUUCUUCACUGGGGAGUUGCCUCAAGAACUAUCUAAGUUGGCCACUUUGAGGGAAUUUCGGGUUAGUGAUAACCAAUUCAAUGGGAGUAUACCAGACUUCAUCUGGAACUUGAAAAAUCUUCAAAAACUUUUUAUUCAGGGUAGUGGUCUAUCUGGCCCAUUACCUUCAAUCGUGUCCUUGACGAAUUUAACAGACUUGAGAAUCAGUGAUUUGAUUGGAAAUGGCACCGGUUUUCCUGACCUCAGUGCGUCCAAAAGUUUGAGAACAUUCAUACUAAGGAAUUCCAAUGUCACCGGACCGUUGCCAGGGUUUCUUAGCUCAAUGACAAAAUUGAAAACUUUGGAUCUCAGUUUUAACAAACUAACAGGACCAAUUCCUGACAGCUUUAGUAGCUUAUCAGACACAGACUUCAUCUUUUUGACUGGAAAUUUACUCUCUGGGGCAGUGCCUGAAUGGAUGACAAGUAAAGGACAGAAUAUUGAUCUUUCAUACAACAAUUUUACAACAGACUCAAUUUGUCAACCGAGAACCACGAACUUGUUUGCAAGCACUUCAGCGGGGAAUACUACGGCCCUAGUUUCCUGCUUAAGGAGCAAUCCUACUUGUCCAAAUGGUCUUUCCUACUCUAUCCAUAUAAAUUGUGGUGGAAGUCAAGUGACACUUAAUAAUGGUACAUCCUACGACGAAGAUAUCCAGUCAGGUGGACCUUCAAACUUCAUUAGGGGCAAAAGUAACUGGGGAAUUAGCAGUACAGGAAACUUCCCAGACAAUGAUCUCCCAAGUGAUACGUAUCUCUGGAACAGUACAAUUAUAUCGGGGAACAACAUUGACUUGUACAGAACUGCACGAUUGUCCCCCCUUUCAUUGACAUAUUAUGGCUACUGUUUGGCAAAUGGCAAGUACACAGUAAACCUUCAUUUUGCGGAAAUCAUAUUUUCUGGUGACAGAACUUAUGUUAGCCUUGGGAGGCGAUUCUUUGAUAUAUAUAUUCAGGGAAAGCUGGUGAAGAAAGACUUCAAUAUUGAGGCUGAAGCAGGUGGAGUAAAUAUACCCAUUGUCAGGAGUUUUCCUGCUGUGGUAAAUGACAAUACUUUAGAGAUUCGUUUCUUCUGGGCUGGAAAAGGAACUACAUCUAUUCCAUUUAGGGGAAUAUAUGGUCCUCUCAUUUCUGCAAUCUCUAUGAUAUCUGAUUCUCAACCGUCAGAUGGAAAUAGCCUGUCUGCUGGCGCUGUAGCUGGGAUUGUUAUUGCGGUAUUGUUUGUAAUUUCCUUGGUUCUAGUUAUUCUGUGGUGGAAAGGCUGUCUCCCAUGCAAGGACACUCUGGAAAAUGAUCUAAAGGGGUUAGACUUGCACACAGGAUCAUUCACUCUCAGACAAAUCAAAGCUGCUACAAACAACUUCGAUGCAACUAACAAGAUUGGAGAAGGUGGUUUUGGUCCUGUGUACAAGGGAUGUCUUGGAGAUGGAACCAUUAUUGCUGUAAAGCAGCUGUCUUCCAAAUCAAAGCAAGGGAACCGUGAAUUUAUCAAUGAAAUAGGCAUGAUCUCAGCUUUACAACAUCCUAACCUUGUGAAGCUCCAUGGAUGCUGCAUUGAGGGGAACCAGUUAUUGCUUGUUUAUGAGUAUUUGGAAAAUAAUAGCCUUGCCCGCGCCUUAUUUGGUCCUGAGGAACAUCAGUUGGAACUAGAUUGGCCAACGAGGCACAAAAUUUCAAUUGGUAUAGCUAGAGGUCUGGCUUAUCUCCAUGAAGAAUCAAGGUUAAAGAUUGUCCACAGAGACAUAAAGGCCACGAACGUGCUUCUUGAUAAGGAUCUAAAUCCCAAAAUAUCUGACUUUGGUCUGGCUAAGCUUGAUGAAGAAGAGAAUACCCAUAUAAGUACUCGGAUUGCUGGAACUUUUGGUUACAUGGCUCCUGAAUAUGCAAUGAGGGGCUAUUUAACUGACAAGGCCGAUGUGUAUAGCUUUGGAGUAGUUCUUUUGGAGAUUGUAAGUGGAAGGAGUAACACUAGUAUCAAACCAAAGCAGGAUUGUUUCUACCUUCUAGACUGGGCCAAUCAGUUGAAUGAGGAAGGGAGGCUAACGGAACUAAUAGAUCUACGACUAGGAUCAAAAUACAACAAAGAUGAGGUUAUGAGGACAAUUCAUAUUGCCCUUCUUUGCACGAACCAGUCAUCCACUGACCGGCCUAGUAUGUCGUCUGUGGUUAGCAUGUUGGAAGGCAGAGGAAAGAAGUUGAUUGAAGAACUGAGUGCAUCAAGUAAGAGUAACAAGAGUGACAAGGUUAGGGCCCUGGAAAUGACAACUCAGCGGCUGUUUGCAAACUCGAGCGACAGUCAGGUGGAACAUGUAACGAUGGAAGUGCCAUUUACUGCUUCGACAACAUCUACUGAAGAUCUCUACCCAAUCAAUAUGGAUACUGACUACUUAGAGAAGAGAUUGUAGGGAACAAUACUCUUCUGGUAUCCCACACAUCAGUAGUCUUUUGAUACUCGUUUUGUACAUCUUUCUUUUUGUGUAAAUGUGGCAGAGAUUUCAUGAUAUGUGAGGUUAUUUUGUCAUAGCUUCAUUUAUUCUAUUUUCCAAUUUUCUGUUUGUCCAGAAAAGAAGCCAAAGGAGUAAGGACUGACUUCUGUACAGAAUUUUUGGUUGGCAUUGAUGUGAGUUCAUGAAGAGAAUUGCGGAGAGGAUCCUCAGUAGUAGUAAAGCACCCCAAUUUGGGUUUUCAAAAUCCUUACUCCUGGAUUUGUAGUCGAAACUUAAAAAGCUAGUUUCUAAAAGUUGAGUGAUUUGAUCUUAAAAUAAGGAACUAUACGUUACAGUUAUGAAAAUGCAUAAAAUU